AUGACCAGAACAAAAGCAUUGAUCCUCGGGCUCCUGUCUCUAUCAACGCCCGCCCUCGCCUUGAAGACCGCCUGCUACAAUUCCCUGGGCAAUCUGACGCCCUCGCACACGACGACAGAAUACCAGUCCGUGGCUCUCUGCCAGCAAUUCUGCCAUGCAGAGAACAAGCCUGUGUAUGCGGUCCAAGACCGGAAGUGUUUCUGUGGGGAUACGCUUCCUCCUCUCGAGGCCAAGGUGGAGAAUACGGAAUGUAUGACGAGGUGUCCUGGGUAUCCCGUUGAGCAUUGCGGCGGCGAAGCAACCUACACCAUCGGCAGCACCACCAAAUCCCGCACUCAGCGCGCCAUCUACACGGCCCCCGAAACCGACGCCGAAACCAGAACCGAAACAGAAGCCAACGGCAUCCUGACCGCGCCAGACGUCGACGACGGCGACACUGACCCCCUGGCUUCGCUCAGCGUGAACCCCACCAUGGUCCGGACGGCCAGCAACGCCCCCACCGGCACAGACUCUCCCAAGAGUAUCUUGACUGCGUCGGCGUACCCGAACCAGCCCUCUUCGGCGGUGCCUACUUCGGCUGCUACGGCUGCGCCCACGGCUUCUGCCUCGGCGUCGUCGUCGGUGAGUACUAGUGGGGUGGCUUCGCCGUCUGCCAGUGUGGCUACUGGUGCUGCGGCUGGGAGGGGGAUUGGGAGGGAGAUGUUGUUGGGUGGGGUUUUGGCUGGGCUCAUGCUUGGGGGGUUGUUUUAG